AUUGCAGGGUCGGUCAUGGCUGUGCUGAUUUUCAUCAUCCUGGUCUGUGUGGCCCUCUUCAUCUUUAUUAAAAGACCAGACAUUAUCAGGUCGGUGCUGCUUCAAGCCAUUCCUGCUUCAAAGUUUCAGAAUCACUUCUCUCAGUUCAGUUCGGAUAACAACAAAGGUUUCAGACAGGAAUACGACCACUUCAGUCUUGUCAGUGCAGAUCAGCCACAAAAAGUAGCCACACAACCCGAGAACAAAGUGAAAAACCGUUUCAGCGAUGUGCUGCCAUAUGACUCGAAUCGAGUGAAACUAACUACGUCUGGAUCCGCUGAGAGCUCCGACUACAUAAAUGCCAGUUACAUGCCAGGAUAUCGGAACAACAGAGAGUACAUCGCCACUCAGGGUCCUCUUCCUGCAACAGUCGAUGAUUUCUGGAGAAUGAUUUGGGAACAACAAGUGAAAGGAAUCGUCAUGGUAACCAACUGUACUGAACUCGGACAGACCAAGUGUGAACAAUACUGGCCUUCUGGCCGCCAGUCUCGCCUUUUUGGAGUGCUGUCCGUCACCACCAUAUCAGAGCGACAGGAGCCCAACUGGACGUUGAGGACAUUCAGUGUGAAACACAGAAACACCUCUGAAGAACGCACAGUGAAACACUUCCACUUCACAGCCUGGCCUAACCGUGGCGUCCCUCAGAGCACUGACGUCCUGAUCCAGUUCAGAGGACUAGUGAGGCAGCACAUCGAGAGAGAAGGAGGCAGAGCGCCAACUGUGGUUCACUGCAGUGCCGGUGUGGGAAGAACAGGUACCAUCAUCGCUCUGGAUGUGCUGCUUCAGCAGCUGGAGAACGAGCAAGCUGUGGACAUCAACGCCUUCGUGCACAGGAUGAGGCUGAAUCGACCCUACAUGGUGCAGACAGAGUCCCAGUAUGUUUUUCUUCACCAAUGCAUCGCGGACAGCCAGAAGAGAGCAGAGGAACACAUAUAUGAGAAUCCCGACAUGAUCUAUGUCAAUGCAGCAGAGCUCCAAGAUCUUCGUUAGCAAACAAAUAUCGAUAAAUCAGCUUGUUCUCAAGAUGCUUUAUUCACUUGAUGAAAGAUUUGUGUUGU